AUAUCAUAAUAUUAAAAGUUUCGCACGGAAGCGCUGCUACUCUUUCGUUUCUCUUCAGUCUUCUCUCUUUCUCUAUGUAGAAGCAAAAGGGUGGUUUUAUUCCGGGCAAAAGAUUUUUGGGGUUCAUCGAAGUUUUCUCCUUUCUGCAAAAUAAAUUUGGCCCAAAGUGGUAUCAAUACCUGAUAAUACUUGCACUGGUUUUGGAUAAUGAUCGUGAGGAAUGAAAAUUGUGGUGUUGGUUUGGGAGGAGGAGGAAAAUGGUUUAGGGGUUUUGGAAGCUUGAUUAGGAGGAAGCAAGUUGAUUCUGUUCACGCCAGGAGACGUGCUCAAUUGGCAAGGAAGUUAUCUGCUGUUGAUCUCGUUGGAAUUGGGGUUGGAGCUACCAUUGGAGCUGGAGUGUAUAUUCUCAUUGGAACUGUUGCCAGGGAGCAAGCAGGACCAGCACUUGUGAUAUCACUUCUCAUUGCAGGAAUAGCUGCUGGACUGUCAGCCUUUUGCUAUGCAGAGCUUGCAUGUAGGUGCCCAUCUGCAGGCAGUGCUUAUCAUUAUACAUACAUAUGCAUUGGAGAAGGGGUGGCUUGGUUGGUCGGUUGGUCUCUGAUUCUAGAAUAUACAAUUGGUGCUUCUGCGGUUGCUCGUGGCAUAACACCAAAUCUGGCCUUGUUUUUUGGUGGAGAGGAAAACCUACCUUUAUUUUUGGCUCGACACACAUUACCAGGUCUUGGAAUUGUAGUUGAUCCAUGUGCAGCUGCAUUAAUUCUUCUUGUUACCGUACUCCUGUGCCUUGGAAUCAAGGAGAGUUCAAUGGCACAAUCUAUUGUAACAACAGUAAAUGUUGGUGUCAUGCUUUUCAUCAUUUUAGUCGGUGGAUAUCUAGGUUUCAAGUCUGGAUGGGUUGGAUAUGAACUCUCCAGCGGGUAUUUUCCUUAUGGAGUGAACGGGAUGUUUGCUGGGUCUGCAAUAGUUUUCUUUUCAUACAUUGGUUUUGAUUCUGUGAGCAGCACAGCUGAAGAGGUGAAAAAUCCUCAACGAGACCUGCCAAUUGGCAUAUCAACUGCGUUAACUAUAUGUUGCCUUCUGUAUAUGCUUGUAGCUGCAGUUAUUGUUGGUUUAGUACCAUAUUAUGAGUUGAACCCUGAUACCCCAAUCUCUUCAGCAUUUUCUAGUUAUGGGAUGGAGUGGGCAGUGUAUAUAAUAACAACUGGAGCUGUUACUGCUCUUUUUUCCAGUCUGCUGGGUUCUGUUCUUCCUCAGCCACGUGUCUUUAUGGCUAUGGCUAGGGAUGGUUUAUUGCCUCCUUUCUUCUCAGACAUCCAUAAAGGCACACAGAUUCCUUUGAAAAGUACCAUUGUCACUGGUGUCUUUGCAGCUACUCUUGCAUUCUUUAUGGAUGUUUCCCAAUUAGCAGGGAUGGUUAGUGUGGGAACAUUGCUUGCCUUUACCACAGUUGCAGUUUCAGUUUUGAUAAUCAGAUAUGUUCCACCUGAUGAAGUACCCAUUCCGUCUUCACUUCUAUCAUCAGUUGAUCAAUUAUUGGGACAUUCUGGUGGUCAUAUUGGGGAAGAUAUGGAGAUAAGUCCUGUAGAUCCUGCUGUUUAUUGUGAGGAUAGCCAUCUACAUGACAAGUCAGAGGCUCUACUUAAACACCCUUUAAUCAUAAAAGAAGUUACCAAAGAUGAACAGAAUGAGAAAUCUAGGCGAAAACUUGCUGCAUGGACCAUAGCCUUUCUAUGUAUAGGGAUUCUAAUUGUUACCAGUGCUGCUUCAGCUGACUGGUCUUCCAGGAUUUUGCAGAUAACGGUUUGUGGAAUGGGUGGUGUUGUUCUUCUGUGCAGUGUAAUUGUACUGGCCUGCAUAAAGCAAGAUGAUAGAAGCCACAGCUUUGGACACUCAGGAGGUUUUGCUUGCCCAUUUGUUCCAUUCUUGCCUAGUGCAUGUAUUCUUAUAAACACCUACUUAUUAAUUGACCUUGGAGUUGAUACAUGGCUACGAGUUUCUGUAUGGUUGUUAAUAGGAGUACUCAUAUACUUGUUCUAUGGCCGCACUCAUAGCUCACUUUUACAUGCAAUCUAUGUUCCCUCAGCGUAUGCUGAUGAAAUCCAUCGUUCUCAAGCAAUUCAUAUUGCUUAGUGUUUGCAGGGAGAUACCAAGUUACCACAUUCCAUGGCUUGCACCAAUUUGUUACAUUAUUCUAAUCUUACUUUGCAUGGCUUACACCACUUUGUAAAUAUCGUAGUCUGAAAUCCAAACUUUGUUUGCACUAUCAGAAGGAUGAUGAUUAUUGAAUUGUUUAUUUAAACAAGUGAUCUCAUAUUUCACGAAGUAAGGAACUAAAGCUCCUUUUCCA